AUGUCCAUAGCAGACCUUACCGAGGACGCCAUCAUAAAGCUUAGCAGAAAUGACCUCGAUGUAACCGUUGACUGCACAGACGUUCUGCAGGUCGUUGGUGGGCCAAAAGAAAGCGGCAGCGAGCGCCUGAACUGUGUGCUCUCUGAUGGGGCUUGGUACGGAACUGCGACCUUCUGGAGGGGCGGAAUACAGAAGCGUCCGAUAACCCAUAUCGCGACCAUCGCACUCUAUAACAGCAACUGGACGAUUAAGGCUCGUGUUGUUACCAAGUCGGCCAUUCGAACGUGGUCCAACAAUCGUGGAUCCGGGAGCCUUUUCAACGUAACAUUCCUGGACUCCACUGGAGAGAUACGAGCAACGGGUUUCAACCAGGCUGUGGAUCGGCUGUAUGAUGUACUUCAAGUAGGACGGGUUUUCUUCGUCACGAAGGCCCGGGUGGAAUUGGCCAAGAGGAAGUUCUCCAACGUGAAUAAUGACUACGAGCUUCAUUUGGAGCAGAACACAAGCAUAGAGCCGUGCUUAGAUGACGCUGAUGUUCCGGUCAUCAAAUUUGACUUCGUCAAGAUUGAUCAGUUGCUGACUACAGAGAAGGACUCAAGUUGUGAUGUUAUCGGUGUCGUUGUCGACUGCAGUGAGGUCUCCGAGAUCGCGACGAAGUCGACGAACAGGGCCGCAAAGAAGCGGGAGCUCACCAUCGCUGACGACAGUGGCUAUUCCGUGCGCGUCACCUUAUGGGGGGAGACUGCAGAGAAGUAUAGCGAGGCAGGAUACCCCGUAAUUGCAUUCAAGGGCGUCAAAGUCGGUGACUUUGGGGGCCGCUCGCUGACCAUGUUGACGUCGUCGUUGAUGUAUGUUAACCUCGACCACGCGGAUACUGCAGAACUUCGUGACUGGUUCGACAACACAGGCAAGCAUCGCGACUUCACGGCACACACGAGUAGCACAUCCAGCUCGCACUACAGCUUUGACCACGGAGACCAGCGCGACCUCUCACAGAUAAGGGACGCUACACGUGGUAUGAGCGAAACGACGAGCAACUAUUCUGUGAGAGCGAUGAUCAUGGACAUCAAAGCAAAGCCCCUUGCAUAUCCUGCAUGUAGAUCUCCAGGUUGUAGCAAGAAGGUUGUGGAGAUUAGCGAUGGUCGAUGGCUUUGUGAGAAAUGCAACACGUCGCAUUCAUCACCUGACUACCGGUACACCCUUCAUAUCCUCAUAGGAGACGCUACGGGAACGAUGCUGUUUCAGGCAUUUGAUGACGUCGGAAAAGUUAUUCUGGGUAUGUCUGCCAAUGCGGUUAUUGCGAUGCGCGAAGCCAACAAUUAUCAAGGCACCGACAAUGCCCUCUCCCGGGCAACGAAACGGACCUGGAACUUUGUUUGCAGGACAAGAAACGAAGCCUAUGACGGAGAGCCUCGGCUACGAUAUGAAAUCACACGGGCAGAGCCGAUUGACUUUUUGGAAGAGGCCCAGGAGUUGAAGAAGUAUGUGCAGUCAGACUGGGCGGCGUAG